UAUCUCACUAGCUCACUACAUGAGCAAAACUAUUAGCUUUACAUCCUUCUCACGCUCUCACCUUCCGCUCGCAACCAUCUCAUUGUUGCUCAUCACAAAAUCGUUCCAUUUGCUCUCGUGCACCAUCGUGCACCGCCGAGGAUUUUCAGCGCUCGGUUUCGUGCCAUCAUCGCGACGACUUUCCACAGUUUUUCCACCUUCACAGUUUGCCGAACCGUCCCAUUACCUACGGCGCACAGUUUAUCGCAGGCAACGCACAGCUCGACCGCAGCAACGAAGCAGGAAAAACAGCAGGCAUUCGGUUCCCUGUUGUGCUAAGGGAACACCUCAGCAUUUCCUCUCAGUCGCGAACCGAUCUUGCUCGACGUUCGACAUGAACCGUGGUCGUGGAAAAGUGUCGCGCCGUUUCUGUGCGAAAAAUCUCGCAAAACACGGACUGGCACUGGUCGAUUUGUCGUGGCAAAUGUGUUAGGAUGUGUUUGCCGCACAGGAAAAGUGAAAUCCAACAGUGAGUGAGUGAGUGAUAGAUCACAGAACAAGAAGAACGAGCUUUCCGCUUGCGAAAGUGUACACAGUUCGUGUGCGAAGUGAAUCGGUUUCGUCAAGCAGCAUGCAUAAAUUUUGCUGAAUUCAUCGUAAAAGUUAAGUGAUUGCCGGGCGAGCGUUACUAACGUUCAUCCUUUCUUAAUUUUGCGUCCCUAAACAUAUCAAACACGCACGGGCACGGGGUGCUUCUGCGUGAAACCGGGCUAGAUGGACGUAGCCGGACGGACAACUUCCAGCUAGAGAGUGGAGUGCUAAGUGGGUAACCGGCAUCAGUUGGCAGCAUCCACCAUCAGUCUUGUGGAAACCAGGAAAAACGUCAGUCAGCCCAUUAAAGCCAUCGUACGUGGCAAUCUUUCACUCUCUCUCUCUUUUGCCGGUUCAACGGUGAGAAAAUGGAACAAACCCACCGCCGGUUCCGGUGGGAUAUGUUGACGCGUGGAAUCAUCAGCAAACCACCAGCAACAACAUCAUCGCCACAGACGUCAUUAAAUUGAGCAUCGACCAGAUUCAUCACUGGCCAUCAGGUUCGUCCAUCAGAAUUGCGUCAAACAAACGACCCGAAGGUUGCCCGAUUCCGACCUGCUAGAGGAAAUAACAGGAAAAGCUCCGCAUUCAUCAAAGGACAAAGUGUGUGUCAACGGAGGGUUUUGAGGAAGGAAACAAUCUCCAUCCCAACAUCAACGGACCCAAAGAUAACCAUCAGCACAGUAGUGCAAACGUAGAUGUAAAAAAAACGGAAAACAAAAACACACAACAGACACAUCUACAAAGAUGAAAACAGACGGUUUCGUACGCGUUCUGUGGUGGAAAUUGGUGCUAAUUAUAAAUUUAAUAGAUGGAAAAUCGAUGCACGAAAAGGACAAACAAGAUGUGUUCAGCGUCGAAGGUGUCGAGGGACGGAACAUCGAGCUGCAGUGUCCCAUUACGGUGCCCCUGUCCCAGGUGUACAUGGUGCUGUGGUUCAAGGAUAAUGCCGGCAUUCCACUUUACAGUGUCGAUGUACGUGACAAAAUUUCCCGCCAGCCGGCACACUGGUCAGCGCCGGAAGUAUUUGGAUCACGUGCCAAAUUCAAUAUUGAUAAAUCACCGGCAUCUUUGCUGAUCAAGAACCUGAAACGACACGAUCAAGGAGUGUACCGGUGCCGUAUUGACUUUCGUACGAUACAGACGCAAACGUAUCGAUACAACCUGUCCGUCAUUGUGCUGCCCGAGCAACCGGUGGUUCUGGAUCGUUGGGGACGCCAUAUCAACGGUACGAAGCUGGGACCGAAGGAGGAAGGCGAUGACGUCGUUAUCACCUGCCGUGUUUCUGGUGGACGGCCACAGCCUGAGGUGCGGUGGCUUAUCAACGGCGUAAUCGUGGACGAUCAGUACGAGCAGAACUCGGGUGAUGUCAUCGAGAACCGGCUGCUCUGGCCAACGAUACAGCGGAGCGAUCUGAAUGCCAUCUUCACCUGCCAGACGAUGAACACGAAGCUGGUCGAGCCGAAGGAGACGAGCUACGUGCUGGACAUGCACCUGAAACCACUGACGAUAAAGGUGAUCAAUCCACCGAACACGCUGGUGGCGGACAAGCGCUACGAAAUCGUAUGCCAAAGUAUGGGGUCCCGCCCGAAUGCCAUCAUCACCUGGUACAAGGGCAAGCGGCAGAUGCGUCGCACCAAGGACGAAGUACUCGACCACAACACCACCACGUCCACGCUCAGCUUUGCGCCAACGACGGAGGACGACGGCAAGACACUCACCUGUCGGGCGGAAAACCCCAACGUGAACGGGCUGUUUCUCGAGACGGACUGGAAGAUGAAUGUUGUCUAUCCACCGAUGGUUUCGAUCCAGCUGGGACCGACGCUGGUCGUGGACGAUAUCAAGGAAGGUGACGACGUGUACUUCGAGUGUCACGUACGGGCGAAUCCCGACUGGAAGAAGCUGCAGUGGUUCCACAACGAUAUCCUGUUGCAGUACAACGGUUCCGCGCGCAUCAUCCAGAGCGGCCAAAGUCUCGUGCUGCAGAAGGUAACGAAACAAUCGGCCGGAUAUUACGCUUGCAGUGCAAUCAACGCCGAAGGGGAAACCGUCAGCGAUCAGCAGUACCUGCGAGUGAAGCAUGUACCCGUCUGUGCAACGGAAAGGCUGACUGGAAGUGUGCCCGGGAAUGGUAGCGAGCUGUCCGGAGGCAACCGGAAUGCCAUACUAAUUGGCGCGUCCCGGAACGAGAAUGUGGAAAUUCCGUGCCACAUUUUCGCCGACCCACCAGCCAGGUCGUUUCACUGGCGAUUCAACAACACAGCCGAAAUUCUUCAGGUCGAUGCACAUCGCUACACCAGCCAGGGCAACAUCAGCAUACUGAACUACGCACCGGUGACGGAUCAGGACUACGGUACACUAACCUGCUGGGCCGUUAACGAAGUUGGCCCUCAAAGUCAACCGUGCACGUUUCAGCUCGUCCUGGCAGAUCUACCGUCACCGGUAAGUAAUUGCAGUCUACCGAACCGGACGCAACAGUUUGCGGAAAUCCAGUGCACACCCGGCUACGACGGAGGCUUACCGCAAGUGUUUGUGCUCGAGCUUAUAUCGAAAAGGACCGGAACCAGGCGGUUUAAUUUUUCCAACAAAAAUGAACCAUUUUUCGUGCUCGAUCGGUUGGAGAAGCUGAGCGCACUGAUGACGCUGGAGAACAAUUCGCUUUCCUGCGUGGUGUAUGCAAUCAAUCAGAAGGGCCGCAGCACACCUAUACUAAUACAGGACUUUGAAAUUGGUCGCAUUCAACCGUAUCGGCCCGUAACCGAACGGCGGACGGACAGCAUCGAGUGGCUUCCGAUAGCCGUUGGCAUUUUGCUGACCGUCAUAAUAUUGGCUCUAUCAAUUUCCACCAAAACAUACCUAAACCGUUGCUUCGCAGCCCACGGUGGAUGGUGUUGCCGUGGUGCAUCGAAGCGUGACGAUACGAGCGAUAAAAGUGAGCAGCAGACAAAGAACGUACUCCUGCCGGAUGAGUACGAAUGUGGAGCACACUGUUUGAAGCUGAAAAACGUACAAAUGUUACGGAGGCACAGUUCGCGAAAGAAAAAUUGCUCCAAAGACUCGAACGAUGACGAACCGGAACCGGACGUCAUACCGGCACAGUUCAACAUGGUGUCCUGUACACCCUUAAUAGCAACGCCACAGCACAGUGAUGCCGCUGCCCGCGAAAAGGACGCUCAGCGGUACGGUGGCUUCGCAGCCACACCGGCAACAUAUCAGAUGGCCACCGCCGACCAUCCCGCCAUAUCGGUGCAGGACACACUCGAAUAUCGGACGCACGGUAGCAUCGUCGGUAUUCUACCACCCUCGAAAGCCGUACCCGGUGGUGGCGCCUGUAGUUCCGAGCUCGAUAUCAACGUGAUCAAGGACCGGCUGCUGACGACACGCGUACCCGAAAGCUGCGUUUGACGUGCAGCGCCGUUGCAUCGAUAAAAGUUUGUUAAAGUCAGCACAAUAAACAGCACAUCGACAUAAAGGCGGGCCCGGAAGCGGCGGCCAUCCACUUGAAACCGGAGCGUGCUCUGCUUUGCAGUUGUUUCAGGGCCACUUGGCAGCGCAGCAGACUGCGACUAUAAGCCGUCAAGUGUAGCUACGCUCCCGGUACAAGUACUCCUUCACUCACAAUCUAACGCGAUGUGAUGCGACAAAACCUCCUCCCCCUUGUGUGUUUGUGUAUGUGGUUAUUUUUUUCUAUUCUAUUGAAAAUGGAACGAAAACAAAAAACAAACACAAGUUAGAAAACUAAGCAAAGCUAAAAAAUAACUGAUGAACAAAUGUGAAACUAUUGUGCAUAUCUCUGAAUUGUCUUCGAAAGCGAGCACGCGAGAGUAUUAUAAUGCGAGUUAGGGAUGAACUUAUGAACCAAAUCUCAAUAAAAAAAAAAGAUACUGAACAUGCUUCAGUGCGAGUUCCUGUUGCGGAUACUUGAACUUCUGUUUUGUAAGCUUUAGUUUUUUUAACUCUAUAACGUAAAAAAGCCUUUACACGAGAUGUUAGCUUUUUGAUUUGAUUUUUGUUAAUGUACCACAACAAAACCUUGGAAGAUUUUUAAUAAAACAAAGAGCAUCUGAAUGUA